AAUAACUGGUUCUUCAGGGGAGAACUGCCGAUCCUGCCGAUUCCUACCCAUUGCGACCAGCAUAAAGGCAGCGCUCCAUCCGUCUGCCAAACUUUGCUCCAAGCUGCCAGGAACAUUGUUCAGAGUUUGAAGUGGCCAAAGUGAAUCUUCUAAUUCCUCACUCCAACUAAUCAUGGCUCUCCGAUCUGCCCUACUUCUCGCCACGGGCCUGUCCAUGGUCCAGGCCCGGCCGGCCAUCUCCAAGCUCAGUGCACGCGGCACCAUCGCCAGCGACGAGAUCGUGGGAUUUGACCAGACGGUCCCUGACGAUGCCACGGGCACAUUGUACCUGAACUACCAGCCAUACCUUUACGUGGUCAACGGAUGUGUACCGUUCCCUGCCGUUGAUGCGGAGGGGGAUACCAAUGCAGGACUCGCCCCCACCGGCGCCUCCGACGGCGACUGCAGCUCCUCGACGGGCCAGAUCUACGUGCGCAGCAACGUCUCCUCCACGGGCGACUACACCUACCCGACCGCCCUGCUGUACAGCUGGUACAUGCCCAAGGACGAGCCCUCAACCGGCAUCGGCCACCGCCACGACUGGGAGGGGGUGAUCGUCUGGAUCUCCGACCCCACCGUCUACACCGCCGACAACAUCCUGGCCGUGUGCCCUUCUGCCCAUGGCGGCUGGGACUGCUCCACCGACGGGUACACGCUCGACGGCGUCAAGCCGCUGAUCAAGUACGAGAGCAUCUGGCCCAUCGACCACUCGUGCGGGCUCACGACCACCGUCGGCGGCACCCAGCCGCUGGUCGCCUGGGAGAGUCUGCCCUCGGCUGCUAGCACGGCGCUGUCGGAUACGGACUUCGGGAGCGCGAUCGUGCCGUUCAAGGAUGCGACGUUUGACGAGAAUCUGGCAAAGGCUACUUAUUAA